AUGAGAUCAAGUUAUUGGAGUAAGACCAGCAGCAGAAGCUGUGGGACCCAGCAGCCCCCAGAAGUGCUGCAAUACCAGCCCCGGUAUUACCGUAACUACUAUCAGUCAAGCCAAGCCCAGCAGCUGCCAGAAAAAAAUGUACUGUAUGAGCGAGUGAGAACCUACAGUGGGCCCAUUAACAAGGUGGUGCAGGCCUUGGACCCCAUCAACUCACAAGAAAAGCUAUCUCCUCUCAAAACUUCCUCCUCCUACCAAAAUUUGAUUUGGAGCGACCAUUCCCAGGAACUCCAUUCUCCAACUCCAGAAAUAUCUUCUUGCGUACCAAGCACUCUACAUAUAACCCAUAAUACAGAACAGGAACUUCAUUCUCCAACAGUGAAAGUCACUACAUAUCCACAGACCACUAUUAGGAGAUACAUAGUACAAAAUCCUGAACAGGAACCACUGUCUCCAUUUCAGAGAGGAAGCCAUUUCUUCCCAGGAAACAAUGUUAUUUAUGAAAAGACAAUAAGAAAAGUGGAGAAGCUAAAUAUAGAUCAGGAAUGCCAUCCUCAGGUUCAAUCCCAUCAUCACAUUGUUCAACAACCCCAGAUUAUCCACUCUCCACACUGUCAACCAUCCUAUACUAGCCAACAAAGUCAAACCAUCACAGGAAGUGAUUCAACUUCUACAAACACUGGAAAUGAAUUGUGCCAUGGUGGAUUGAGCCAAGUUUAUGACCAGGUCAUAAUUCAGGAUGAUUUCCCUGAUAAAUUGGACCCCAAAUAUUUUGGAGAGUUGCUUGCUGAUCUAAGCCGUAAGAAUGUGGAUUUGUAUCACUGCUUAUUAGAACAUUUGCAGAGAAUUGGAGGAAGCAAACAGGACUUUGAGUCUACUGAUGAGUCAGAAGACAUCGAAUCAUUGAUUCCUAAAGGAUUGCCUGAGUUUACAAAACAGCAAAUUCGCUAUAUUCUGCAGAUGAGAAAUAUGUCUGAUAAGUCACUCCGGCUAGUGCUGUCCACAUUUAGCAACAUACGGGAGGAACUUGGGCAUCUUCAAAAUGACUUGACAUCACUGGAAAAUGACAAGAUAAGACUUGAGAAAGACUUAGCAUUCAAAGAUACACAAAUAAAAGAGUAUGAAGAACUCUUGGCAUCAGUGAGAGCAAAUAAUCGCCAGCAGCAGCAAGUACUUCAAGACUCAAUCUCAAAAUGCCAGGCUCUGGAAGAAAACAAUCUCUCUCUUCGACAUACACUAUCAGACAUGGAAUAUAGACUAAAAGAAUUAAAAUAUUAUAAACAUAAUUUAGAGGAAGAGAAUAAAAAUCUUAGAAUGCAGGUUUCUGAGACUUGCACAGGCCCAAUGUUGCAGGCUAAAAUGGAUGAGAUUCGCAACCAUUACACAGAGAUGCUAAAAAACUUGAGAAUGGAGAAAGAUAGAGAGAUUUGCAAGCUCAUGUCCCAAUUAAACCAGUACCAAAAAGAUGUUUCAAGAAAAGAAGGAAGUUGUACUGACUUCCAGUUUAAGCUUCAUGAACUGACAGGCUUGCUGGAAGAGAAGGAUUCCCUUAUAAAGCGUCAGUCAGAGGAACUCUCAAAGUUGAGACAAGAAAUACAUUCAUCUCAUAAUCAACCCUCCAAUGGUGGAAGGACUACUAUUACUACUAAAAAAUAUAGGACACAAUAUCCAAUCCUAGGCCUUCUGUGUGAUGACUAUGAAUAUAUACCACCAGGUAGUGACACACGGACUAUUGUCAUUGAGAAAACAGAAGACAAAUGGAGUUGUGUAAGUUCACUUGGGCAUUUUUAG